UUGAGAGGCUAUCUAGUAGUUUCUGCGAACGAACAACAUGGAUAUACUUCACACCAGUCUAGAUGUCCUUCUACCUCUUGUUUCCAUCAUCUUUUUCUUCUUCUUUUACCCAUUUUAUGUUUUGAUCAAACUUGUGAUGUUUCUCUAUAAGCAAUUUCUCUUCGAAAACGUAGCUGGAAAAGUAGUUCUAAUCACCGGAGCUUCCUCGGGCAUCGGAGAGCAUCUAGCAUACGAAUAUGCGAAGAAAGGAGCAUAUUUGGCUCUCGUUGCUCGAAGAGAAGACCGUCUGGACAUAGUAGCAGAAACAUCACGUCAAUUAGGAUCUGGUGAUGUCAUCAUCAUACCUGGUGACGUUGCCGAGGUUGAGGACUGCAAGGAGUUCAUUGAUGAGACGAUUCGUCAUUUCGGAAAACUGGACCACCUGAUCAACAAUGCUGGAGUAACUCAAACCGUUGUUUUUGAAGAUUACAUUCAUAUUCAAGCCGCUAAUCCUAUAAUGGACAUCAACUUUUGGGGCUCGACAUACAUCACUUAUUUUGCGAUUCCACAUCUUCGAAAAAGCAAGGGAAAAGUCAUUGUGAUUUCAUCUGGUGCAGCAAAUAUAGCUUUGCCAGUGGCAAGCGUCUACUCAGCAAGCAAAGCAGCCUUGUUAAGAUUCUUUGAGACACUAAGAAUUGAGCUCAAUCCGGACAUUAAAAUAACAAUUGUUUUUCCGGGAGUUGUAGCAACAGAUAUGACCACUCCUCGCUGCAUAGAACAUUAUGGUUCAGAUUUUAUCUUCACGGAGCCAGUGAGUAGAUGUGCAAAAGGAAUCUUCAACGGCAUUUGUAGAGGAGAGACAUACAUAGAAGAGCCAUCGUGGAUGAAAUGGAUAUAUGUGAUGAAAAACGUGUGUCCUGAAAUCGUUGAAUAUGUACUCAACUAUAUAUAUAUUCGUUCUCUCAAACCUUUUUUCAAGCGUGAUUGAUCAUUUGGAUACAUGCAAUUGCAAACUCUAGUCUUUAAUAAUGGGUGUGUUGCUAUGAUGGACGACAUGAAACUUGUAUUUUGUGUGUUAUUAAUUAUCGCAAUUGCGUUACAUCUAUUGUUUUUUAUAUUUUCUCAUAUCUUUUAUAGAGCCGAAUAUAUCGUAUAGCUAGAGGAUUCCUUAAUUAUUCAUUUAAGACUAUGUAUAGGACAUGACUCCGAAGAAGAUAAGGCUUGUUCCUUCGGAUCCUAGCCGGUUUAAGUGUUCAUAUAUAUAUACAACCAUUCGAUUCAAAACGAUCUAGGGCGGCUCUUUAUUUCCAAGUUGAAAGAUAAUAUUCCAAGAAUUCAAGAUCAUGAGAUAAUUUAUUAAAUCAAGACAACAUCAUACAGAAACCCUGAUCGUGAACAAAAGAAAUGUCUUUCUUUUUUUUUGUGCAUAAUGCAUGCCUAAUAUAAAGAAUCUCGACAACCGUUGCGG